UUUGGGAAUACCUGCUACUGUAAUUCAGUUCUUCAAGCACUUUAUUUUUUGUCGUCCAUUUUGGGAAAACGUUCUAGCAUACAAGAGCCAACCUAGGAAAAAGGAGAACCUUCUUACCUGCCUAGCAGACCUCUUCCAUAGCAUAGCCACUCAGAAGAAGAAGGUUGGGGUGAUUCCUCCUAAGAAGUUCAUAACAAGAUUACGGAAGGAAAAUGGAAGAAAGAAAGCAGGAAAAACAAAAUGGCCAUUUACCUAAUGGUAAUAUGAACAAUGAGAACAACAACAGCACACCAGACCCAACGUGGGUUCAUGAGAUUUUUCAGGGAACACUGACAAAUGAAACCAGAUGUCUUAUUUGUGAAACUAUAAGCAGCAAAGAUGAAGAUUUUUUAGACCUUUCUGUUGACGUGGAACAAAACACAUCGAUCACUCACUGCUUAAGGGGUUUCAGCAACACAGAAACUCUGUGCAGUGAAUACAAAUAUUACUGUGAAGAAUGUCGCAGCAAACAGGAAGCACACAAACGAACAAUCUCAAGCUCAAAGAAAAGUUGUAUGAACAGUACCAAGAAUACUUUUUAAACCAAAACCACUAAAACGUAAG